GCAGCCGCGUGGUGUUAAGGGCUGAUGGAGAGAAGAUGCCAACUGCCAUCAUCUCUGUGUAGUGCAGGAGAGCUGCAAAACCGGUCAUAUUUACCGCAGACACCACAGACUCCGUUGUCUUUCAGCACAGCUGCAUGUUGCAUGUCUGACACGAGAAGCCUGAUGUCUGUGGCAAAUGCGAAACACACUGUCCUGAAUCCGGUGAUCCCAUACACAGGGCCCAUACCUGGAGGUCUGCACCCUGGGGAGAUCAUCAUCGUCCAGGGCACCGUGCCCCCAGAUGCUGACAGGUUUCAGAUGGACCUGUCGAGCGGCUGCAGCACCAAGCCACGCUCUGACGUCGCCCUCCACUUCAGCCCUCGCUUCGAAGGGUCGCCCUGUGUGGUAUGUAACUCCCUGCUGCAGGAGAGCUGGGGCAAAGAGGAAACGCUCCAUCAGCUGCCCUACAAACGCGGAGCCCCCUUCGAGACCAUCAUCCUGGUGCACGAAGACGUCUUCAAGGUGGCAGUAAAUGGUGCUCACCUGCUGGAAUACAAGCACAAAAUCCCACUAAACAGGGUUGACACAUUUUCUAUAUCUGGCAAAGUCAAGGUGCACGCUAUUGGCUACAUCCCAAACUCAGCAAUAUAUUCAGAAUCAGGUGACUUGAGCCUCCCUUACAAAGGCAGUAUACUCAAAGGACUGAUGCCUGGACAGCACAUUACAAUCAAAGGACAGGUCAGCAUGUAUCCUCACAGUUUUACAGUGAACCUCCGCAACAGCAGGACAGAGAACAUCGCUCUUCAUCUGAACCCUCGCAUGAAGUCGGGGAUGUUCACCAGGAACUCGUACCUGAGCGAGUCCUGGGGUCAGGAGGAGCGGGAGCUGCCCUUCUUUCCCUUCUCGUCAGGGGAGUACUUUGAGUGGGGUUUUUUUUGUUGUCAGAUUCUCAUCCUCUGUCAGCCCCACCAGUUCAAGCUGGCAGUGAAUGGCUCACACCUGUUUGAGUUCAGACAUCGGGUGCAGGACCUGAGCAGCAUUGACCAGUUGGAGAUCAUGGGGGACCUGGAGCUCACUGAUGUGAAACUGUGGUGACUCGGGACUCUAGACUUAACAUAGAAGCCAGCGUUAAAGACACUGUUGUGUUCUGGUUUUUGAUGCUAAACUAGCUUAGCCACAAAGACCCAGACAAUGGAUGCUGGAAAUGGCAAAACCUGUGCUGAUUUCAGGUUAGGUUAGUCUUGCAGCAACCAGAAGUCUGAUUUUAAGCUAGUAUAGCAUUUUUGAUGACCAAGUAGCAUGGGCUGGUCCUGCCAUGGAGCAUUAAUGGUCCAUGUUUCCAGCCCCGGCUAGACGACUGAUGCAUGAGUUAGCUGUGCUGGAGCAUCAGGCUGUGAGCCACCAUGACUGUUUACAGCUACAAGUUAGGUUUGCCUUGGUUCAUUUCUUGUACUUUCUCUAGUGCAUCUCUGCUGUGAUAUGCCAUUAGUGCACUGUAUAAUUAAAACAGGAAAUAUGUGUAAAUGUUAUUAAGCACUCAAGUACUUACUGGCUUUGUUUAAAAGCCAAGACAGUCAGCAAAUGCAAACAAUGAAUGAAACUAAAGGAUGCCAUUCUUUUGGAGCAAGGCCCAAUAAAGACUAAUUUAUUGUACAGCUAAUAUAAAAUGAUUGGAAACAUUUGUCAUCAUUACUAAAUAAUUAGUAGUGGUUACUUUUUCUUUUUGAACAUUUUUGAUGUAUGGUCAAAAUCAUUUUCAUCUACAGUUUAUUUUUACAUAAAAUGUUAAUUAAAUAGGACGUGCCAACUUACGGUAUACCCACAUUUAAGUUUAGUCUGCUAUUAAAGGUCGUAAUCCUCAGGAUUCUUUAACACAU